UUUAUUUUCUCUUUGCAACAAUUUAUUUUUUGAUUUCUGCCUGUGCUGAAAUGGAAUGAAACAGUUGCAAAACCAGUGAUUGUGGUAGAAACUAGGACUAGGAACCAGAACAACUCUGCGUCAUGCCUUGUUGUCCUGUGUACCAUCUGUGACCGAGAAAGAUAAGGAAAUUUUGGCAGUUGGGUCAGUAAAAUGAGCAGCUUCCACAUCCUCAAGGCUUUGCCUUCUCUGUCCCCUCCCUUCCAAUGCAAAUGCAAGAAUCGUCUUCUCUCCAUUUCUUGUGAACAGAAUCAGAAUCAGUAUGUCUCCUCCUCCUCCUCGAGAAAACAGGUCUCAACUUCUUUUCAAUCACAGCCACACGCAUCCAUUACAAACAAAAUCCAAGACCCCAGAGCUAAAAUUGUUAGUUUGGCAGUUCAAGUUGGAGGCGUUUUGGCCACUGUUGCACAGCCUGCUUUUGCUGUGACAGGUGUAAAUGAAGGAGAAGAUUUGAUAUGGAUUUUGAUUCAAUCCGGAAUUUCAGCUUUCUUGUACUUCAUUGUGUUUCCACCCAUCAUCAUGAACUGGCUUAGGACCAGAUGGUACAAGAGGAACCUAUUGGAAAUGUAUGUGCAGUUCAUGUUUGUUUUCAUCUUCUAUCCAGGGGUGUUGCUUUGGGCACCAUUUCUCAACUUCAGGAAGUUCCCCAGAGAUCCCUCCAUGAAGUAUCCUUGGUCCACGCCACAAGAUCCUUCUCAGAUUAAAGGUGGAUUCUUGAAGUACCCCUGGGCUCAACCUGAAGACUAUGAAUAGGAAUAGGACGUUUUGCAAGUGUAAGCAAUUCAAAACGGUCUACACGAAUCCAUCUAAUAACCAUUUCUACUUCAGCUCCAUUCCAGUGUUAAUUAGUUUGGAUGAAAGAUGAUAUUAGAACUGAUAAUUAUAUAACAGUACUGGAAACA